CCCUCGGGUGAGACGCGAAAUCUGGCCGCUUGCGCGCCAAUCCCCCGACAUGGAUAAUAUUACCGCCCACUCGGACAACGACUUCAACCUCAUCUUGUACGGUACGCUCUGGAUAGCUGCCCUUUCCUUUGUCUGGAUCACGUGUCGCGCGGAUCCUGAAGAGCCGGUCAAGUACACGGUGGAAACGCCCGAGCAAGCCAAGAAAGGAUGGAAGGGUGAAGUGCUCGAGGAGCCGGGGUUGAAGGUUUCGGGCUCCUCGCUGAUCCAAUGCUACGCUCCCGCGACUGGUGAAGCUCUUGGGCGCAUCAACCCCUCUACAACAGACGGCAUCGACCGCGCAAUCGCCAAAGCCCAAGCGGCCCAGGUCAAAUGGGCCCAAACAAGCUUCCUCAAGCGCCGCAAGGUGCUGCGUACAAUGCUCAAGUUUAUUCUCGAGAACCAGGAGGACAUUGCAAGAGUUGCGUGCCUCGACUCUGGCAAGACCAUGGUGGAUGCCAGCUUGGGUGAGAUCUUAGUGACGGUGGAGAAGUUGAGAUGGACCAUCAAGCACGGAGAGAAGAGCCUGAAAGCUGAGAAGCGCGACACCAACUUCUUUAUGAUGUACAAGUGGAACGAAGUUGUCUGGGAACCCCUGGGCGUGGUCGCAGCUUGCGUGAGCUGGAACUACCCAUUCCACAACCUCAUUAGCCCCGUAAUAGCCUCCAUUUUCGCCGGCAAUGCCAUUAUUGUCAAGGGCUCCGAAGCCACCGCCUGGUCGUCGUCCUACUUUGCGUCCAUCGCUACCCGCGCUCUAGAGGCAUGCGGCCACUCGCCUGAUCUCGUCCAGUCCGUCGUUUGCUGGCCCAACGUCGCCGACUACCUCACCUCGCAUCCAUCCAUCUCCCACAUAACCUUUAUUGGCUCACGCCCAGUCGCACACCACGUCUGCGCCUCGGCUGCAAAGGCACUGACACCAGUAUGUGUUGAGUUGGGCGGCAAGGACCCGGCGAUAGUCCUCGACGACAUAUCCAACAGUGAUUUCAAGCGCAUCGCCAGCAUCCUUAUGCGCGGUACCUUUCAAUCUGCAGGGCAGAACUGCAUUGGCAUCGAGCGAGUCAUUGCGCUUCCAAAAGUCUACGAUCGCCUCAUCGAGUACCUCACACCCAAGAUUCGUGCCCUGCGUCCUGGCUCCAUACUCAACGCUUCCUCCGACGUGCCCAUUGACAUUGGUGCCUCGAUAUCAGACGCCGGCUACUCUAGACUCGAGGAGCUUAUUCAAGACGCUGUCGACAGUGGUGCGCGUGUUGUAGCAGGCGGAAAGCGAUACAUCCACCCCGAGUUCCCCAAGGGCCAUUACUUCACGCCUACUUUCAUCGUUGACGUCACGCCUACCAUGAAGAUUGCCCAGACUGAGCUCUUUGCGCCCGUCUUCCUCUUGAUCCGGGCUGAAUCCGUCACCGACGCUAUUUCCAUUGCCAACAGCACAUCGUAUGCUCUAGGCUCUUCUGUCUUUGGCCGAUCUACACGCGAUCUUGAACUCGUCGUUCGUUCCCUACACGCAGGCAUGGUGGCUGUAAACGACUUUGCCGUUUACUACAUGGUACAGAUGCCGUUUGGAGGCACCAAAGGCAGUGGCUAUGGCCGUUUCGCAGGCAAAGAGGGGCUGAGGAGCCUGUGCAACCAGAAGAGCAUCACGCGGGAUCGGUGGUCGUGGGCAGGCAUCAAGACCAGGAUUCCUCCGCCCAUGGACAUCCCGCUGCAGGGCGAGGGUGCGGGUGUCAAAGCAUGGAACAUGGCGCAGGGCAUUGUGUGGCUGGGCUACGGAAACCUGCGGGGCAAGGUCCGUGGCUUGAAGGGUGUUUUGGGCAUGUAGAAGAGUAGCAUUUGUAGCAAUUGUUUGCUCGUAGACGAGAUAUGGCAUUGUACGAUUCAAUUGGUAUUCUAGCAAAUAUAUCUAAUAUCAAACUCUGCUUUUUGGGCAUAC